AUGACAUCUAAUAAUAUUAAUAAAAAUACCAAUCAACGUUUUUCUGAUGUUCAAUACGAACCCAGUAAUUUAUUACCAAUUUAUAUUACUAAACGUAAUUAUAAACAGCCAAAAGAUGAUUUAACUCAAUGUGAAAGUGGUAGUAUACAAUUGUAUACAAUGGAAAGUGAUGAACGUGAAAGAAGUUUAUAUUGUUAUUUAAAAUUAUUAUUAACAGCAUUAUGGAAAUUACCAAACGCGAAGAAAACUAUUUGGCGUGGUGUUAAUGAAGAUAUUAGUAAAGGAUUUGAAGUUGAUGAUGAUAUUGUGUGGUGGGGUUUCAGCUCAUGUACUGAAUCUUUAAAUGUUUUAGAAGAAGAACAGUUUUUAGAACCACCAUUUUUGAAGUUGAUGAGUAGUAGUGGUAGUGAAGUAUCAUCAUUUCAUAAGAAUUUUGAACAGAAAUUGAGUUUUACAGAAACAACAGUGAAAAACGAAAUAUCAACGGAAGCAAAAAACCUCGUAGAACAAUUAAGAUCAGAUACAGCUAUUGAAUAUCUACGCAUAGACAAUUUAUCGACCAAAGAUCCUCAGGCUAUCUCUGAAGGUGUAAAAGUAAAUACAAAUGUCGCAGGCUUAUACUUUGAGCAUCCAAAAAAUUUGUCCUUUGAAAAUAUGAAAUGUGUUCUUGUUGCAUUAAAAACAAAUCGAACUAUACGAUGGACUAUACAAAUGGAACUAGUACUCCAUAGCAGUGAAGUAUCAGCUUGUUUUGAGACAGUAGCACAUAUUUUACAAGUAAGUACAUCUCUAAGAGGCCUACAUAUACGAGAUGGCGCAUUAAAAGAUGAUCAUCAACUAGAAAUAACAGCUGAAGCAUUAAAAGAAAAUGAAACAUUCGCAGAAUUAAUACUAUUAGAUAACCAAACAUCUGAUGAAGGCAUAGUUGUUCUUAGUGAAAUGUUGAAAGUAAAUAAAACAUUGGCACCUUUAUCACUAGACGGCAACAAUAUAACAGAUAGAGGAAUUAAAGUAGUAAGUGAUGUACUAAAAGUAAAUAAAACAUUGACAACAUUAUCACUAUCAGGUAAUCAAAUGUCUCAUGAAGGAAUAAUUGUUCUUAGUGGAAUGUUGAAAGUAAAUAAUGCAUUGGAGACACUAAGGCUUAUUGGAAGUAAAAUAACGGAUAGAGGAGUCAAAGUACUAGCAGAAGGAUUGAAUUACAAUUCAAAACUGAAAAAUCUGUAUAUAGCCAAAAACUACUUCACAGAAACAAGUGAAGAUGGUUAA